CCGACGACGAGGCGUUUCGGUACCGCGCACGCACAUCGAUCAUUUGCCACCACCGCCGCCGCCGCCGCCACCGCCGUGCUACCGUUUUCGCCGUCGACGGCGCGGCCGCCGCUUGCAGUGCGACUACGAGCGACGGAGAGAGACAUCCUACUCUCGAUCCCCGACGACACCGCCGGACAAGACUAACCGAAUACGGGACAAGACCCGCUGCGUGCGUACGCCGACGGACGGACAUCGGCGCGCCGGACGGACGAUUGGCGGCGGUGCAACAGGAGACGACGGCGGCGGCGGGAAACGGACAUGUUAUGCGGCCCGGUAGUCGGGACGACGGUGCAGCAGGCGAGUGUUCGUCGUGUUCGUCGUUAAUAACGUCAUGUACGCGUCAUCGUCGGCCGACAAGUACGGCACCGGCAGGACCGCGACCGCCAAGUCGUACCAUCACCAUCACCUCCAUCACCUACAUCACCACCACGUCGGCACGUCGUCGUCUUCGUCGUCUUCGUCGUCGUCGUACGCGUUGUCGUCCGAGCUGAGCGCCGACCGGCGGUCCAGGGCUUACAGCAGCGCGCCGAGACAGGUGACGCCGGUCCGGUCGACCGCGUCGUCCAGGUUGACGGACAUCAACGGUAAUAUCCGAUCGCUGAGCUUGAGCAAGAGCCUGUCGCCGGCGUCGUCAUUAGGUUCUGCCCGAGGGGAAAUCGGCGGAAAGACCACACUGCUGCAGCUAGGCAACGACAAUAAACGGUAUGACGCAACGAAAAAACGUUUGGACGCGUUCUACAACAGCAGAUCGCCGUCGUCGUUGUUGAACAAAUCGUACAAUUACAAGUCCGGCAACUUGUCGUACUUCGAAAAGUACAACAAACAGCAGAACCAGCAAGACUCCCCUCCGCCCAACGAACCGCUACAGCAAUCCAAAUAUGUCAACAUGAACAGGACAAACUACGGCGGCAUCACUGACAACGGAGCGGUGCAUCCGGAGUCGUCGUCGUCAUCCGCGUACAGGUCGGUGGCCGAUUCGAAAAAGGGGGUGGUCGGCAUCCGGAACAUAGGGAACACGUGUUACAUGAACUCGGUGCUACAGUGCCUGAGCAACACCAAGAGGCUGACGGACAGCGUACUGGACGACGUGGACGGAGCCGACGGCAAGCUGAUCCGGGUGUACCGAGACCUCCUGUCUCGGAUCUGGACCGCCGCCGACAGCCAUCCGGUGGACACCACCGCGUUCAAGUCGGCGUUCCAGCGGCUGUCCCCGCGGUUUGCCGGCUACGAGCAGCAGGACGCCCAGGAGUUCCUGCGGCUGUUGCUCGACCGACUGCACAUGGACGUCAACAGGGUGAAGGUCAAGCCCCGCGCCAUGCCGGACGUGGACGAAACGCUCAAGGACAACGCGCUGGCCGUCGAGUUCUGGCAGAGGUACCUAGUCACGGACAACAGUACCGUGGUCGACCUGUUCGCUGGACAGCUCAAGUCCACGCUCGAGUGUUCUACGUGUGGCCACAAGAGUAUCACAUUCGAGGUGUUUUGGGACGUGUCGUUGCCACUGCCGUCCAGCGGCUCGGCUAACAUAGUGUCCAUCAACGACCUGCUGCACAACUUCACGCAGGAAGAGGUGUUGGACUUCCGCGAACGGCCCCGGUGCAGCGUGUGCAAGGUGGACAGGAAGAUGUUCAAGUCGUACCGGUUCCAACGGUUGCCCAGGUACCUGGUGCUACACCUCAAGCGUUUCCAGGGAACGCAAUCGUACAAGAAGAUCACGUCGCUGGUGGCGUUCCCGUCCGUGUCACUGGACAUGAGCCCGUACGUGUCCGGCACGGCCCGGAGCAUACAGCCGCACGGCUGCAAGUACAACCUGUACGCGGUGUCCAACCACACGGGCACGCCGAUCGCUGGACACUACACAGCCAUGUGCAAGCACCCGGUCACCGGUGACUGGAACUUCUUCAACGACAGUUCCGUCUCCCGGAUUACGUCGUCCGCGAAACUCAUAAGCAACGAGGCGUAUAUACUGUUUUACGAGGCCGCGAAUUAUUAAUUAGCCGAUGAAAUCAGGUUUAUAAAUUGUUCUUUUUAUUUAAAUUUUUUUUUUUUUUUAUAUCCGUCCAUGGAUCGAGGCUUGAUGACAUGAAACCAUGCACAUACCUAUUAUGUACAUCAAUAAGUACUUACCUUUAUCAUAUUAUUAUAUACCUACCUAACUGUUGUCGCGAACGACCUUUCAAUAUUGUGCGAAACUUAUUGCUAUACACCAUACUUGCAUAUACGUUAGAGACAAUAAUAUGAAUUUAUUAUUUAACUACGUGUAAUUGGUAGCACUAGUAUUGAAGUGUACGACUAGUGAAAAAUAUCGGGGAAUACGAUGGGAGGUGGUCACGAGAGGGGAAAGGUUUACCAAGGUUUUAUUAUAAUGGAUACCUAUAUAAAUAUUUAGAUAUAGCCAAUAGCUGCAUAUAGGUUAUAGGUAAUAUAGGUGUACCUAUUGUGUACAACACGUGUUUUAUGAUCAGGUCAGAAUAUAAUAUAAAGUCUAACGUGAUACAUUAUAUAUUUAUAAAGUAUUCUAUAAUAAUAUAUUCGAUGGUGUACAUUCAAUUUUCUUUUGAUAUGGAGGGGGAUGGAUUAAAUUGUAUACACAUUAUAUCGGAGUCCUUCACCCAACGCAAUAAGUUCUAUCAAAGACCAUGUUAAAAUAUUCAGAGUUCAUACAUAAUAUUUUUAAUAAUACUUUAAUUAGAAAAUUGAAAACAACUCUCACACAAAAUAAUUAAACAAAAAUAUAUAGAAUAAUAUAAUAUUUUAUAUUAUUCUAUUACAAAAAAAAAUUCAAACACAUUUCACACUUUGUUUGAUAUUUCCAUCAAAACUUUGUCUGCAGCUAAUAUUGGAUAUUGGGUAACUAUUACGAUUUAUGGAUAGUACCUAUAACCUAAGCCUUUAAAUCUUCCCUGUUUAAAAUAAGUAAGCUAUAGUGCUAUACACAAAAUUAUAAAAUGUCCUUCUAAUCAUUUCAAUGCUGAAUUUUUAAUGUCCUUGGGGAGGGAGAUUUACCCCGAAACUCCUCCUCCAUUUGUACGCCACUGAAUAUAUUUAUAUUUAGUACAUUAUAAUUUAUAAUACAUAAAAAUGUACUUAUAGAUACAUAUUACAUACUGCAUAGUAAUUAAUGUAGGCAUUAUAUAAUCAGGGUACGGUAAAGAAAAAAUUGUGACAUUUAUGUUGUACAAACUACUAAGUUCGGUCGAAUGUAGUGCUCAUUGGUGCAAUUAUAGGAUCGAAUUUCUGUAGGGGGAUUUCUGGCAUGGGGGAAAGGGGAAAUAGUCCCUAAAAAAAUUAAUACAAGCUACAAGCGAUGGAAUAGUAAGAUGUAUAAAAAAAUGUCUCAUCAAUUCUUUAAAACUGUAAAUACAUUUUUUUUUUUUUGUGUGUGUGUGUGGAGUCAGCUCUCUUAGUUAUACCAAUAAUAUGUUAUGGUAUUGAGAGAGUCAUAAUAAUUACUCGUUCGAUUCGAUUCAUACAUACAUGAGCUCAGUUAGUUACAUACCAAUUCAAUUUUAAAGGUAAUAUAAUUAUGUACUAUUAAAGUUAAAAUCGGUAAUACGAUUGACUAAAAAACAUUUAUUUGUUACCAGUGAUUGAUUAAGAGGUACCUAUGAUAUAAUACAGGGAUGAGCAACUCAAAGUUAAUAUAGUAUCUCUAUAAAGGGCCAAUUUUUAGAACUUUAAAAUCUAACGAACCAGAGAGUAUAGAAAGCAAAAAAAAAAAAAGGUCAAAUUUACUUUUCAUAUUUAUUCAUGUUUUAAUGUUGAAUACAGAUAAACACUAAAAUUGUAUAAAGUAAUAAGAAAAUGUAGAGGUAUGUGGGCUGAUGUGCCCCACGGGUUGCCAGUUGCCCAUCCCUGAUAUAAUAGGUAUAUCAAAUAAUAACAAUAAUAAAAAUUGAAUUUCCUAAUGACGAAUUGUAAGGAAAUAAAAUUGUGAAUCAGACAUUUUUAAAUCUUCAAAAAUUGAUCAUCAAGCCAUUGUUUACUUUUGUCUUGAGAUUUGUUUUCUAGGGACACUUGACUAUAAUACAAAUUUUAUUAUGCUGAUAUUAUUUUAAUAGCUUUAAAAGACAUAAUUGUCAUUUACAAGUAUUUAAAAUUGAUUAUUUAGAAAUAUUUUACUGUAUCUCCUACUUUAACCUGGCAUCUUAUACUAUUUUAUAAAAUGUUCAAGUGUUCAACAAAUAUUUAUUUUUCAUCUUUUUCACUUAUACCAUUUCAAAAAACACAUUAAGGUAAAAUAUUAAUAAAGCCUAUAAAAUGGGAUUGGAUAAAAGUUAAAUGUAAUUACUUUUAAAACAAUAUUUAUUUUUAUUUUUACCCAUAGAUGAUUAUUUAUUCAUAUUUUUUCUUGUGUAAUUAAUUUUAAAUUAACAACAAAUUUAAUUUUGUUCUGCUUGAAUAAAAUGAUUAAUAUUAUUGGCAAUUUAUAAGAAAU